CAAACUCGGAAGAAACCGCACAUUAACACGCGCACAGCUGGGUAAGGCAAAUAAAACCAGGAACUACCAGCGCAAACUCUGCCCCUUCAUUUCUUCUCAGAUCGGACCUUAAUCCUGCAAUGGGAGUAGAAGUUACAGAUAUAUGCAUGGACAAGGAGCCGGAUUGUGUCAUAGUUUAUUCGAAUGGUGUUUCCCAUGAUUUAAAUCAUGAAACUGUUCCCAAUCAUCAUGAUGUUCUAGAGUCCUAUGAGCCUAUCAAUGGGGUUCCUGAGGUUCAGAGUUCAGAGGAGAGCUCUGAAGCAAAGGAAUAUGAAGUGAAGGAGUGUACAACUGAAAUCUCAGUUGAGACUACUGAAGUUCCCCAUGAUGAGAAAAGUAAGGAGCAGAAAAAUGUAGUAAGCUCAAAAUUUGAGGCUGGCUUGAAAGAGGAAAAGGUCAAACCAGGAAAAGAAAAGACAAAGGAUAAUAGUAAGUCUCAAUCAUGCAGAAAGCCUGCAUCAAAAGCUGCUCCUGGAGUUGUUCCAAUAAAACACACUGUUCCUCAGCCAUUUGCUCUAGCAACUGAAAAGCGUGCUUCAUCUGGAACUCGUCCUACUGGAUCUGACCUUGAUGCCCCUUUUGGUGUGAAUAAAUCAUCUAAUGCAAACAAUGUGCUACAUCCAAACGCUACAAAGCAGAAUCAGCCACUUGGAGUACCAAGAAAGCCAUUGCAGCCAAAUAACAAGAAGCAUCCUGAUGAGGAGGAUACUUGUUCGGUCAUUUCUAUUACUGCAGCAUCUGCUCUGACUAAUAAGUCCAGGACAACUGUUGCAUCAGCUCCAGUAUUUAGAUGCUCUGAACGAGCUGAGAGACGGAAGGCGUUUUAUUCAAAAUUAGAGGAGAAGCACCAAGCAUUGGAGGCUGAGAAAACCCAAAGUGAAGCAAGGACAAAGGAAGAGAGGGAGGCAGCUAUUAAGCAACUGAGGAAAAGCUUGUUGUUUAAGGCUAACCCGAUGCCAAGUUUCUACCAUGAGGGACCACCACCUAAGACUGAACUAAAAAAGCUUCCACCAACCCGUGCAAAAUCACCAAAGCUUGGCAGAAGGAAGAGUUGCAGUGAUUCAGUAAAUACCUCUCUGGCAGACAAGGUUAAAGGAGCUUUUGGUGAGGGAAAUCGUCAAAGCCUAGAUAGUUACAAAGAAGAAACCAGCAUCCCUGUUUCUACCAACAGAAAGGAUCAGCACAACUCUGUAAAUGGUCAUGCUAUUUGCAAAAUAAAAGAUGAAUAUGACCAAGUGGAAGAAGUAAACAUGUCAGUUGCCUGUGGUAAAUGGACAGAGUAAUGCAAGCAUCAAUGUUCAAUAUUAACUUAUUAAGUUUGUGUUGAGUUCUUAAUUUAUACGAGUCAAACACACUGUUGCCUUUUGUGACUUAUGUGAAGAAUGUGCCUCUUGUUCCCUUUUGACAUGCAAGGGCUUGUUGCUGUGUUUGUGUCAUGCAUGAAGUGUAAAUUUCUUGUAAGUUAUAAUAUCUAUAUAAAGCUUCCCCAAUUUUCGGUAA